GGGAGAAAUGUGUCAAUCAACAGGAACACACUGGGAAGUUUUUGUGGCCUUCCUGUCCUCGUACUCCAGUCAGCCCUGAGAUAACGAGCAUUCUCCAUGGGGCUUCCAUAGCUGCCGUUUCUCUCAUUGUGCAAUCAGUGUAUUCGGAGCAAAAAUAAACCAAUUCAUCAUGGGACUGGAUGCUUCAGGCGACUGGUGGUGAGAGCUGGAACCUUUCACAUCUAAGACACAGACCCUGGCAGUAGUAACUGAAAGCUGGUACCUUCUGGUGGCUGAUCAGUCCAUGUGGAAUAAGGCUGUGGUCUCAAUUUAGUUCCUGGUGGAAACUUGUCCGCAUCACAAAACCAUCACCGCAGUCAGCACUAACCGACACCUGUGCUGGCAGAUAGUAGAAGGGCUAAGGAACGGAUGGGUAAAGAGGCAGCUGGCAUCCCUACAGGCCAGGCCAUGGGCUACUGUGAGGGAAUCUCCACCGCCACUCUUUGUGUGGGACUUGGUCUGCGGAGCAAGGGCGUGAGUCGCCAAGGCCCUCGACCUGGCACAUUUCAUGAAUGCUAAAAACAAACCAAAACCCCGUCCAUCACCCUUGAGCAAAAGGGUAUAACAACUCUGUUCACCUCCUGCAGCUGUUUACACUGUGGCUGGAUUCACAAAAAAACCCACUCAAAAGCUUUUCCUGUACAGCUGUGGGCAGGAAAUUCUUCUGGAAACUGCAGGGAUCCUGGUACAUUUGGCUGGCUGCAUGAAAAUCUUUGCCUGUUUGCAUCUUAAAUAAGGACAUUUUAAGCAAGGACGUUGCCGGUUCCUGGCUUGCCCGCAGGCCGAAUGCUUCCAUCUGUAAAACUUGCUGGAAGUCACCGAGCAGCAUGAGAAACUGUGCUCAUGGAGGCAUUUCUGCAGGGCACCUUGCCGAGACUUCAGAGCUGAGUCACAAGGUGCUGUAUCUGAGAUCUGCCCUUCAAGGUCACCAGGAGCAAUGUUUCUCGGUGGAUGUGGUACACAGAGGAACUUGGCACCAUCUAGUUCCAUGCAGGCGUUUGCAGCUGUGGGGGAAUUCCCCUGGGUGGUGUCAAUACAGGACCUACAACACAACCACCUGGCCUUUGGCUCCAUCCUGAGUGAGCACUGGAUCCUGAGCGCUGCAUCCAGUUUUCAGACAAGGCAGCCGGCUUUCGCCGGGGUUGGUGUAACCGACAUGAACACGCAGAGGAAGCCCCAGUCGCAGUCCUCAAUCAGCACCAUCAUUCCCCACGAAGACUUUAACACAAUCACGCUGGACAAGAACAUUGCCCUGCUGAAGACGGCCACCCCCGUAGAGUUCAGUGAUGCUGUUCAGCCCAUCUGCUUCCCCAGCAGGAACCUCACCGCAGCCACCCUGGAGAACUGCUGGGUGGCAGGGUGGCUUCACCCCCCUGCAGGAAGACACGCGGCAGCAAGCUUUCUAAGGAAGCUCUCAGUAGUGGAUGUGGAUCCCUGCCCCUUGAAGAGAAUCGUUACAACCGAGUGCAGCAGCCACCGGGACUCCGAUAACGUGACUGGAUGUUUGGGGGACCCAGGGAACCCAGUCAUGUGCCAGGCUAAGGGAACUGGAGACUGGGUUCUGAAUGGAGUGCUGAGCCAGGGCGGCAUGAGAUGCUACGGACCAUUUCUCUACACCAAAGUGGCCUAUUACAGCGACUGGAUUUCAGCCACAACAGCCGACGCAGGAGCACCCGUAUAUCCCACGUUUGCCAGAGGGCGCCCUGCUUUUCAAGCUCCGACUGAGGAUUUGGAAGGGUCGUUUGAGUCAGCAGAGAAGGUGUUUCAACCCUCAGUCAUCGCAGAAGCUGGGUCUGACCGUGCCCAAGCCAAGCAGCGACCGAAGGACAUCAAGCCCGCCCAGGAAGGGCUAGCCAGGGCUUACAGCAAGUCUGACCCAGUGUACUAUGACUACUACAGUGGGGAAACGCUCCCCAUUUCGCAGGGGCGCGUGCAUCGGCCGCAGAGCCUCACGGAAAUGAGCUCUGUUUUCCUUCUGCUCGGGCUCCUGUUUUACUAGAUGAGACACUGUAACCGAGGCAACUGUGUGAUUGACUGGCCUCGGGGACCAUUCCCAGCACUCCAUCCGUUUUAGUGCUGUUGACAGUGACUAUGUGGUGUGAUCCAUGUGCACGGUGCUGACACGUCCUCCCCCCACAGCAACGCCCGCGUGUGUUAAUCCGUCUCUGUAUUUUGGCACUCACUCAGGCUAUUAAACUUUAAACUCCUCCCCCC